AUGAUUUAAAAUUUACUAAUCGCCCAGCAACUAAUAACUAGUUAGCUUUCUGGCCGGAGACAUUUUUUGCAGUUGUAAAACUGUAUUUAACGAAGAAAAAUCACUGGAACGUUUAUUGGUCAUGGCACAUAAUCUGGACGUGGAUUUGACCGAAUUUGUGCGAUUUAACAUCAAAUGCAUCCAGUUUUUCGGAUAUUUCUCGCCCGAUUUCAGGAAUAAUUCUCAAAGGAAAUUACUUUUUCGCAUCUACGCUGCCCUUUUUGUCGGAUUUGCGUUCAUUUUGUCGCUCUUGAGCCAAAUUGCCAACAUGGUAGAUGCGUUUGGUGACAUCGAAAAAAUGACAGAAGCCUCAUUUCUGCUUUUUACAAAUCUGGUCCAAUGUUUCAAGAUUUAUACUUUUGCGAACCACGGCAAAAAAGUAUGGAAUUUGGUGUACAGCAUGAACAGAAGUGAUUUUAAGCCGAACAAUUUGGCCCAGUACUGGAUUGUGGUCAAUGAGAUAAAAACAUCGAAAAUAAUUUCGAAAUUAUUUUUACUCGCAUGUACGUUGACUUGUGUCUCUUGGGCCAUUUCGCCACUUUUGGACAAGAGAGGUAGUGAUGAGCUGAGACUACCGUUAAGUGGCUGGUAUCCGUUUAGCACGGAAAAAUCGCCAGCUUUCGAAUUUGCUUACACUUAUCAAAUUUUUACCACUUGGGUUGGGGGACUUGGAGACAUAAGUAUGGACACUUUUAUGUCAGGCACCAUCAUGGUUAUUUCGACACAGCUCAGUUUACUGAAAGAUGGACUUGAAAAUGUUGCAAGGAACAUCAAACAUGACAAAAGUUCGGUUAAUAAAAAUUUAAUUCAAUGUGCUUGUCAUUACAGAAGUAUUAUACAGUUUGCCGCUGAAGUAACUAAUCUUUUCACAACCUGUAUAACGGCCCAGUUCGUAGUAGGAGUAAUAAUUGUUUGCAUGUCCAUGUUUCAAAUGAGCCUAGUUUCGGUGCUAAGUUUCCAAUUUGCCGCAAUGUUAUUGUACCAAAUUUGUGUCCUCAUGGAGAUUUAUUUGUGGUGUUUUUACGGCAAUGAAGUGAUGCUUAAGAAAAUAUUCAAUAAAUUGUAUCACAAUUUCAGGUUUGCCCAAGAAAUGACCUGGCUUUUCACUACCUGUAUCAUGAGUCAGUUUGUGGUCAGUGUAAUAAUAAUUUGCAUCACAAUGUUCCAAAUGAGUUUGGUGUCACCGUUGAGUUUGCAAUUUUUGUCAAUGGCCCUAUAUCAAGCCUGUAUGAUCACUGAGAUAUUUCUGUGGUGUUAUUACGGCAACGAAGUAAUACUACAGAGUGGCAAACUCACACAGUCGGCUUAUAUGAGCCAGUGGUUGAGUUCCUCCAAAAAGUUUAAACACGAUUUGAUGUUCUUUAUGACUCGUUCGCAAAAUCCACUCAAACUUUACGCUGGAGGUUAUUUUACAUUGUCUUUAGAGACAUUUAUGGCUAUUGUAAAGUCGAGUUGGUCGUAUUUUGCGGUUUUAAACAGAGUGCAUACCACAGAUAACGUAUAGUGAAUGGCCAAAAAUGGAAAUUAUUGAAAUUCUCAGUUGAUUAACGUGUAGUUCUAUAUAAUAUUAUGCAUUAAAAAU